CCACAUUUACCUACCAUCAUCAUGGGCUGGCUCCCUUGGUCUUCGGGCGACUCCAACAAGGCCUCUGACGGUGGCCGCAUCGCGCCGGACCGGACAAGUCGUGCACGCUGCUGGGAGGGUCGAGAUGCCUUCUUCAGCUGCUUGGACCGGAAUGAUAUCUUGGAUGGAAUCAAAGAUGAUAAGGAAGCUCGUCGGAAAUGCGCAAAGGAGGUUCAGGAGUUUGAGGCAGCUUGUUCCCAGACCUGGGUGAAAUAUUUCAAAGAGAAGCGAGUGAUGGAAUACAACCGGGACAAGACGAUCGAGCGGAUCAAGAAAGAAGAUGCCGACAAGAUGAAGGAAUUGAAGACUCAGGGCUGGAAGUCGAGUUAAAUGCUAGUUUCCAAGACGCUUUCGUAACUGUACACUAUGUACCAUAUCCACUCUUAUCACGAUCUCAAUUUAAUGUUUCC